AUGAAUCAAGAAAUUGCUCGAGUCACAUCACUCGUUGGCGCGCAAGUGUUUAUGGACCAUGAUUCAAUCGAGCACUCGCCUCCAAUGUCACAUCAGCCACAUUCCUUGCUCAAGCGUGCGAAAUUCUUCAAGAACUACUCAGGCCUGUGGCUGAUCCCAUUUUUCCUGUGUGGCAAUGCGUAUCAUCUGUCCUGGAUGAGUAAGCCUAUGUGCCUCUGUUUGAGGGCAGAUAUCAUGAUGGUUUUCAUCAGACGGUCGCACGGUCGAGGGUCAAGUAUAUCCCUUCCGACUGUUGCUCUCCCUUCCGCCGUCGCUCUCCCUUCCGCCCGUCGCCCGUCUUUCCCCCUCGUCGCCCUGCCUUCCGUCCGUCGCCCACCCUUGUUCCCGUCGCCCUCCCUUCCCGUCGCCCUCCCUUCCCGUCACCCUCCCUUCCCGUCGCCCGCGCUUCUUCCCGUCGCCCUCUCUUCCCGUCGCCUUCCCUUCCCGUCGCCCGCGCUUCUUCCCGUCGCCCUCCCUUCCCGUCGCCCUCCCUUCCCGUCGCCCUCCCUUCCCGUCGCCCUCCCUUCCCGUCGCCCUCCCUUCCCGUCGCCCUCGCUUUCCCCGUCGCCCUCGCCUUCCCUCCCGUCUCCCUUCCCAUCUCGCACACUUGUCACCCUCCCUUUUCUCUCCCUACUCCCUCUUUUCCCUCCCUCCAAUAAUCGCCUUCCUUCCCCCAACUUAUACCCCUUCCCUGCUUCCCCCCAUCCCCUGCCCUGCUUCCCCCCAUCCUCUUCAUUCUUUCCCCGUAUCCCCAGCCCUGCUUCCCCCCAUCCCCUUCCCUGCUUCCCCCCAUCUCCUUCCCUUCUUCCCCCCAUCUCCGUCCCUGCUUCCCCCCAUCCCCCUCCCUGCUUCCCCCCAUACCCCUUCCCUGCUUCCCCCCAUCCCCUUCCCUGCUUCCCCCCAUCCCCUUCCCUGCUUUCCCCCAUCCCCUUCCCUGCUCCCCCCCAUCUCCAUCCCUGCUUCCCCCCAUACCCCUCCCUGCUUCCCCCCAUCCCCUUCCCUGCUCCCCCCCAUCCCCUUCCCUGCUCCCCCCCAUUCCCUUCCCUGCUUCCCUCAUCCCCUGCCCUGCUUCCCCAUGUCCCCUGCCCUGUUUCCCCCAAUCCCCUUCCCUGCUUCCCCCCAUCUCCUUCCCUUCUUCCCCCCAUCUCCGUCCCUGCUUCCCCCCAUCCCCCUCCCUGCUUCCCCCCAUUCCCCUCCCUGCUUCCCCCCAUCCCCCUCUCUGCUUCCCCCCAUACCCCUCCCUGCUUCCCCCCAUCCCCUUCCCUGUUCCCCCCCAUCCCCUUCCCUGCUUCCCCCCCAUCCUCCUCCCUGCUUCCCCCCAUCCCGUUCCCUGCUUCCCCCCAUCCCCUUCCUUGCUUCCCCCCAUCCCCCUCCCUGCUUUCCCCCAUCCCCUUCCCUGCUCCCCCAUGUCCCCUUCCCUGCUUUCCCCCAUCCCCCUCCCUGCUUCCCCCCAUCCCCUUCCGUGCUUUUCCCCCUCCCGUUUCCAUCGCUUUCCCCCUCCCGUCGCCCUCGCUCUCCCCCUCCCGUCGACCUCGCUUUCCCCCUGCUCACUCGCAUUCCCCCUGCUCACUCUCUUUCCCUCUGCUCACUCUCUUCCCCCUUUCUCACUCUGCCCCCCCUUCCUCACUCUGUUUCCCCCUGCUCACUCUCUCCUCCUCACUCUAUUCCCCCCUGCUCUAUUCCCCCUGCUCUGUUCCACCCUGCUCACUCUCUCCUCCUCACUCUAAUCCCCCCUGUUCUGUUCCCCCCUGCUCUAUUCCCCCCCGCUCUAUUCCCCCCUGCUCUAUUCCCCCCUGCUCUAUUCCCCCCUGCUCUAUUCUCCCCCUGCUCUAUUCCCCCUGCUAUAUUCCCCCCUGCUCUAUUCCCCCUUGCUCUAUUCCCCCCUGCUAUAUUCCCCCCUGCUCUAUUCCCCCCUGCUCUGUUCCCCCCUGCUAUAUUCCCCCCUGCUCUAUUCCCCCCUCCUCUAUUCCCCCCUGCCCUGUUCCCCCCUGCUCUAUUCCCCCCUCCUCUAUUCCCCCCUGCUCUAUUCCCCCCUGCUCUAUUCCCCCCUCCUCUAUUCCCCCCUCCUCUAUUCCCCCCUGCUCAAUGUCUCCCCUGCACUCUGUUUUUUCCUGCUCAUUGUGUACAGGUCCCCAGCACCAGGUGUAG